AUGCCUGAUCAAGACGGACGGAUCCCCUAUAGUGGGUCUGGAACUACGCCUAGAGGCCGUGCUCGUCUACCACUAAGUAGGCGUCGGGAUAAACCGCAACUAUCUUGCAACCUCUGCAGGAAACGAAAAUUAAAAUGUGACCGAGAGCAUCCGUGUAGCGCAUGCACGAGACGAGGCUUGGGUUCGUCCUGCACUUAUGUUACAAAUUUGCCAUCUCACGAUGGAUCAAAUCAGUCGACAAAGGCUCCUCUAAGUGUGCAGGAUAGGAUACAACAGCUGGAGAGCCUUGUAGUUGACUUAAUGAAGACGUCGGGAAUAAACACGACGCCUGAGUCGCCAAGUUCUAUGUCGUCGACUGAUUCUAUUUUCACCCCUGCUUCAACCAAACAAAUCCUCAAAGAUGCCUCGCCAGCAUCAGACUGCGGGAGCAUGAGAUUAAGCGAAGCGAGCGUAAGCUAUGUGAGUAGCGCCCACUGGGCGGCGAUUCUCGAAGGGAUCGGUGAGCUUAAAGAUCAUCUCGAGGAGGAAGAGUCGCAAAAUACGCAUCAAGUCACUGAAACACCUGAAUUUGACAUAACGGGACCCCAAUUGCUAUAUGGAUGCUCUAGGCACGCAAAUAAAGAGGAGCUUUUGGCUUCUGUGCCUCCAAGGCAGGUUGCCGACCGACUGGUUUCUCAUUACUUUAAUUCCUUCGAAAUGUCUCCCGCCAUCCUGCAUUCGCACCAGUUUCUUAAAGAGUACGAGCAAUUCUGGGAAUCUCCAUCUACCACCUCCUUUAUCUGGUUGGGUCUCCUAUUCGCCAUCAUGUCUCUCUCAGCUCAGUUUCAGGUGUCCAGAAUAGACCCUGGGGAGCAGUUCCGACCCAGUACGCCCCCGCAGACUGAUCUGCAGGCUAUGAUGGAAAUGUUCAGGCACAAUACGGUACAAUGUCUCAUCCUCGGUAGGUAUACUAGAGGAGGCACAUAUGUCAUAGAGACAAUGAUCCUCUAUUUCAUGAAGGAGUAUAUCCUCUGCAAGGAUGCCGAUAUUGGCGUUUGGAUCCUCUUGAGCACUAUUGUGCAGAUUGCUAUGCAUAUGGGUUACCAUAGAGACCCAAAGCACUUUGAGGGAAUGUCAGCCUUUGCGGGAGAGAUGCGCAGACGUGUUUGGACAACCCUUGUUGAGUUCGAUCUCGCAAUUUCUGCUCAGAUGGGCCUCCCGAGGUUGGUUAAAGAGGGACAGGCCGAUACAGAAGAGCCUCGUAAUCUUCACGAUAGCGAUUUUGAUGCAGACACGGUAGAGCUACCGCCCGCAAGACCGGGUACGGAGCUAACGAUAAUGCUUUAUCGCCUUAGCAAGUCCCGAAUGAUGUCGUCCCUUGGCCUGAUAUGGGAUCUUGCCGCCGAUAUCAGACCACACACGUACGCGGAGGUGAUGAGUAUAGAUGCUAAGCUCGAGGAAGCACAUGCAUCUAUCCCCGACUGUCUUAAAUGGCUGUCUAUGGCCCAAUGCAUCGCAGAUUCACCGAAGAUGAUCAUGCAAAAGGUCUUCUUACGAAUCAUUUUUUACAGGGCCAAAAUAGUCCUCCAUCGGCAGUUUAGCCAUACUCGGACACCACACCAAUUCAAUUAUUCAAGAGAAGCCAUCCUAGAUGCGUCAUUUAAACUCCUCGAGUACCAACGUAUGUUUGACGAAGAGACGCAACCGUUUUGCCGGUUAUAUGAAGAACGUUGGAGGGUUUCGUCCCUGGUGUCUCAUGAUUUCCUCCUUGCCAUCAGCAUUCUUUGCCUAUACCUUCAGAAGACACCCGGGGAGAUCCGAAAAGCAGCCGAGUCUGCACUGAUCGAGAAAAUCCUGAAGUAUCUUGAAGCGUCUUAUAACAUAUGGCUUCGGCAUAGUAGCACUUCGAAGGACGCGCAAAAAGCUGCCAAAGCUUUAAACAUUGUUAUUCAAAAUCGUCGGGCUCCUAACAAGGCCCCUAAUCUUGAACCUACAACCUCAGAGGACUGGAUGGGUUGGCUAGACGGGUCCGCCAGGUCUUUCUCGUUAUCAGAGUCAUGGAAUAACAUGGACUUUCAAACAUCCGAUGCAAAUUUCAACACGUUGAGUCCGACCCAGUGGUCUUUUGGUCUAUAG